AUGCUAGCAGCAGCAGCAGAGGGGCUCCCCCGGAGCCCCUCGCAGCUGCAGCAGCAGCAACAGCAGCAGCAACAGCAGCAGCAGCAGCAGCGGCAGUGUGAGCAGCAAGAGCGACGGCCCCGCCGGCCGCUGCGCCUCCUGCUACUCCUACUGCAGCUGCCGCAGCUGCUGCUGCUGCUGCUGUUGCUGCUGCGAGCCGCAGCAGCAGAAGGCACUCCAUAUGACCCUUAUACAGUAGCAGCAGCUGUGGGGCCCCACAGCCACCUUAACUAUUACCCGCCGCCGCCGUACAACCCUGCGCAUGCAGCUGAGCAGCAGCUGCGGCAGCUGCAGCAGCUGCAGCAGCAGGAGCAGCAGCUGCGGCAGCAGGAGCAGCAGCUGCGGGAGCUGCAGCAGCAGGAGCUGGAGCUGCAGCGGCAGCAGCAGCAGGAGAUGCAGCUGCGGCAGCUGCAGCUGCAGCAGCAGCAGCUGCCCAGCAGUCCCUUCCCGCCCCCCUACGAAUACGGCUUUGGUGCUGCUGCUGCUCCUGCUGCAGCUGCUCCCGCUGCUGCGCCCACCGCAGCAGCAGCAGCAGCAGCAGCAGCGGGGCGGCUGCCGCCGUACGUGCCGCAGCCGUUUAACUACACAAGAGAGUUUUUAAAAUCUUUAGCAGCAAUUAAAAAAAUAAAAAAUAAAAAAAUAAAUAAAGUUUUUUCUCUUUUGAAAGAACUCAAAUCCACAACUGCCGGUACUGUCUUUGAAGACCACGAGGUCAAGGUGCUUUUAAUUUGGAAAAAAAGAAAAGGAGACUUUGGGGUGUCUGUGUCCUUUGUGAGUUUGCCUGUGGGGAGCGAGGUGUCUGUACAGCAGCUGCUGCAGCAGUUUUUGCUGAACGCUGCAGCAGCAGCAGCGGCAGCAGCAGCAGGCGGCUGCAGCAGCGCCUGGCUCGCGCUUUCUCUCAAAGUUGAAGCUCGAGAAAGAAAAGAAAAAAAUAAAUUUUUCCAAAUUAAAAAAAAACAAAUUCAAAUGUCUCUUCGUCUCUUCGACGAAAUUCGAAUUAUUUUCGAAGACUUGCCCACUAGCUUCCGCAUGCUGGAGCUGAAGCCUGUGUCUGUAUGGCGACACAUAUCCCCCUCGCUGGGUGCGUACGAAGACGGGCCAGUUUUGUACAACUUCAGCAGCAGCAGCAGCAGCAGCAGCAGCAGCAGCAGCGGGGGCAGUGUGAUGAGGGAAAUAAGGCUUGGGAAGGGGAGCUCUCCCACGCUGCACCGUCUGGCUGAGGUGUACGUACACCGCGCGCUGCUGCUGCUGCGGGGCUGCAGCAUUCGCAAAAGCGCCAUUUUCCCUUCUUUUGCAAUUGUUGCAAAAAGCCAAGAAAGAGUUUUUGUUUUGCCUCUUGAGGACUUGAAAGUGCCCCUCAGGGCCCUCCAUUGGGCCCUCAAAGAAGCAGAAAAAGAAAAAGAAAAAGAAAAUGAAAAAGAAAUUGAAAAACAAAUUCCAAAAAAGUCCAAAAAUGCAAAAACUGCAAAUUCUGAGGAACCCGUUUUCACCUUCGCACUUUACCUUAAAAAUAUACUCAAGUCCGAAGUCAGUCAUUAA